AUGGGAAAUGUGACUGAUCGUAUUUCGCUUUUGGAGUUCAAAGCCAAGAUAGUCAGUGAUCCAUUUGGAAUCUUGAGCUCAUGGAACGAUUCUGUCAACUUCUGUCAAUGGCAAGGGGUUAUUUGUGGCCUAAAACACCACAGAGUAGUGUCUUUAAACCUGCAUGGGCUGAGCUUAUCGGGGACCAUAUCUUCAUAUACAGGGAACCUCACCUUCUUAAGGGUUCUCAACCUUAGUGACAACAAAUUUUAUGGGGAAAUUCCCCAAGAAGUUGGCCGUCUGUUUCGCCUAAGACAUUUCUACCUGAAGAACAACACACUGGGAGGACAAAUUCCAAUCAACAUCAGCUUUUGUUCAGAGCUCAGGGUUAUCAGUUUGGCCAUUAACCGCUUAGUGGGGGAAAUUCCUGCGGAGCUUGGUUCUUUAAAGAAGCUCGUGGCACUUCUCCUCGGUUCAAACAACCUUACGGGAAAGAUCCCACAUUCUGUUGGAAACCUUUCGUCCCUCCAAGGUUUCUUUGUAACAUAUAAUCAUAUGGAAGGAAAUAUUCCAAAUGAAUUGGGACGAAUAACAAGCUUAACUCAGCUUGGGAUGGGAGUCAAUAAUCUGGUUGGUUCAAUUCCUUCUACCCUCUACAACAUCUCAUCCAUCGUUGCGCUAUCUUUUACAGAAAAUCAAUUGCAUGGAAGGCUACCAGCAAAUAUAGGGCUCACUCUUCCUAACCUGCAAAUUUUUCAAAUCGGCGGGAACCAAUUCCACGGAAGUAUUCGCGAUUCAUUGACGAAUGCUUCUCAGCUUGAAAUAUUUGACAUAGCUAGCAACAGAUUCACAGGACAAGUCCCAAUCAAUCUCGGAGAUUUGAAUGGUCUUCAACGGCUGAACUUGGAACGCAAUUUUCUGGGCAACAAUUCAAGUCAGGAUUUGGCUUUCAUAACAUCUUUGUUAAACUGCAGCAAUCUCCAAAAACUAUAUCUUGCUGAUAAUAAUUUUGGCGGUGUAUUACCUAGCACUAUAGCAAAUAUGUCUACCCUUGGUGAUUUAGGCUUAGGAAUAAACCAAAUAUCCGGUAGAAUUCCAGCAGACAUUGGGAAGCUAGUCAAUUUGUAUAGACUAGGCAUGGGGGAAAACCAUUUUUCUGGCAGCAUUCCCAUUUCUUUCGGGAAGCUUCAAAAGCUGCAAAUAUUGUCUUUGCAUACAAACAUGUUGUCAGGACAAAUCCCUCAAUCCCUAGGUAACAUAACCCAACUGUAUGAGCUUUGGUUAGGAAGAAACAAAUUAAAAGGGAAUAUACCAUCAAGCAUCGCUCACUGCCAAAAUCUGCAUACCCUGGAUUUAGGAAACAAUAACCUGACUGGUAUCAUACCCCAACAAAUUCUUCAUCUAUCCUUUCUAUCACUAGUUCUUAACUUGUCAUAUAACUCGUUGGUAGGUCCGUUACCCAAAGAAGUUGGCCAACUGAAAAAUAUUGGUGCAUUAGAUGUCUCAGAGAGCAAACUGUCUGGGGAAAUUCCUGAGUCAAUAGGUGAAUGUUUGAGUCUAGAAUUCCUUUACAUGGUGGGCAACUUUCUCCAAGGACCCAUUCCUUCUUCCCUUGGUUCCUUACGGGGUCUCCAACAAUUGGACCUGUCAAAAAACCACUUAUCAGGAAAGAUUCCAAAAGAGAUAGAAAAGCUUCCUUUUUUGCAAUAUCUGAAUCUCUCUUUCAAUAAUCUUGAGGGCGAGGUACCAAUCAAGGGAGUGUUCAGCAGUAUAAUGACAGUUUCACUUGUUGGAAACAAAAAUCUUUGUGGAGGUAUCCCAGAACUGCAACUACCGGCAUGUCCCAAGCAAAAGAAACACAAAAAAUCUCCUAUUGCCAUUAUUCUUCCAACAAUCUUCAGUUCAGUUGUGCUUUUCAUGACAAUAACAUCCUUAACGGUUUUCUACUGGCGAAAAUCAAAAAAAUCAAGAAAGAAUCCACCAUCCAGUCCUUUUAUUUUGGAUAAGCUUCUUCGAAUUUCAUACAAGGAGCUUCUCCAAGCAACUCAGGGAUUUUCUUCAGAGAACUUACUUGGACAAGGUAGUUUUAGCUCUGUAUAUAAAGGAAGUCUUGAUCUACGUGGUGAAAAGAUAGUUGCUGUGAAGGUAUUCAACCUUCAACAACACGAAGCUUCCAAGAGCUUCAUUGCUGAGUGCAGAGCAUUGGGAAACAUCAGGCAUCGAAAUCUUGUGAAGGUCUUGACAUACUGCUCUAGCAUUGAUUUUAAAGGCAAUGACUUCAAAGCUCUUGUGCUUGAUUUCAUGGCCAAUGGAAGUUUGGAAAUGUGGUUGCAUCCAAAAGAAGAUGGUAAUAAUUGGUCAAGGAAUUUAAACCUUCUUCAAAGGCUUCGUGUCGCCAUUGAUUUGUCAUUUGCAUUGCAUUACCUUCAUGACCUUUGUGAAACGCCAAUCAUUCAUCAGGACUGCCAAGCAACAUUCUGCUUGACAAUGACAUGA